AUGUCGGGAGAGAAAAGACCAGCACAGGCAGCCUUUGGCUCCUCAAAUCAACUUGUCGUCAAACGAAAGAAGUCCGACGGGGAUAUCAAUGCUGGGACGGCUGUUGUGAAAUCCUCAUCUCAGAAUGGAACUCUUGUGCAAGCAAUUCCUCGCACCAGCGGGCUUGACGCCCCCAUUAUGGAGCUGACAGGUCAUUCUGGCGAGGUCUUCACCGUGCGAUUUGACCCCACAGCACAGCACAUUGCGUCUGGCUCGAUGGAUCGGUCUAUAUUACUUUGGAACACAUAUGGGCAAUGCGAGAAUUAUGGCGUUCUGACCGGCCAUCGAGGGGCGAUCCUGGAUUUGCAAUGGUCGAGAGAUUCACGGGCGAUUUUUUCCGCAUCGGCGGAUAUGACACUAGCGAGCUGGGACUUGGAAACUGGGCAGAGAAUACGACGCCACGUUGGGCACGAGGAGAUCAUAAAUUGUCUUGACAUCAGCAAACGAGGCCAGGAGCUCCUGGUUAGCGCGAGCGACGACGGUUGCAUAGGGAUUUGGGACCCACGACAAAAGCAUGCUAUUGAAUACCUCGAAACAGAGCUUCCCAUCACCGCAGUAGCUCUGUCGGAAGCAGGAAACGAAAUCUACAGUGGAGGCAUUGAUAAUACAAUUCACGUCUGGGACUUGCGAAAGAAGUCUGUUGUGUACUCCAUGGCUGGCCAUACGGACACCGUCACGUCCCUGCAGAUUUCGCCGGACUCGCAGACCCUGCUUUCCAACUCUCAUGACUCAACGGUGCGCACUUGGGAUAUUCGGCCCUUCGCUCCCACAAAUCGACACAUCAGAACAUACGAUGGUGCCCCGAUGGGGCUGGAGAAGAACCUGAUCAGGGCAAGCUGGGAUCCAAAGGGUGAAAAGAUUGCAGCUGGUAGCGGCGAUCGAAGUGUUGUGGUCUGGGACUUCAGGACUGGGAAACUUCUAUAUAAGCUUCCUGGACACAAAGGCACCGUCAACGACGUGCGCUUCUCGCCGAAUAAUGAGCCCAUAAUUGUAUCUGGAUCGUCAGACCGGACGCUCAUGCUUGGUGAGCUCGGAAAAUAA